AUGAUGCCUGUUGACUUCUGUCCCAGGGACAGGGGAUCCCAGUGGGCCUGGCUUGAGAUGGGACAAUGCCAUAGCAAGAAAUCUUUGAUCCCAGAGCCUGACACCCCAGAGAGAAGCAGCAUGACAUCUGGAAGUUUAGAGUCAGAUACACAACAAGAAAACAAAGUAUCGAAAAUGUCCCUGGAUACUGGAUGGAUGGCGUUUACCUUGGCCCAACUUGAGUCCUUGGAGAUUUGCCUGAAAGAAGCAGAAGAAAAGGCUAAAGCUUUAUCUGAACAGCUUUCAGUCUCUGAAGGAACAAAAUCAAAACUGCUUGAACAAGUAUCCCAGCUGGAGGAAAAACUGGAGGCUGUGGAUCACAAGGAAGCCAGUGGGGAACCAUAUGAAAAAAUGGUUCUUGAGAAAGACCAGUGCAUCUGGAAAUUGCAAGCUGAAGUAAAAGCUUCCCAGGAGCAACUUAUAGCCCAGGAACUAAAGCAUGAAAAGAAAGUGAAAAAGCUACAGACUGAUUUGGCAACAGCUAAGCAAGAGGCUGCCAUCACAGUUCUGGAACUCAAUGAGAAGAUAAAGACUCUAUAUGAAAGAAAGCCAGCCCCUAGAGAAGACAGCUCGCUGGAAGGGUUCUGUGGAGGUCUCCCACCUGUGGAAGAAGAUGAUAGAAAAAUUAGCCUGAUAAUGGCACUGUCGACCCAGGUUUCCCUUCAGACUGAGAGAAUUACUCAGCUGAAAGAAAUUUUGGAGGAAAAGGAAAGGAAGAUUCAGCAGCUGGAAGCUGAGCGGGGUCCCCAUCCUCCCCAAGAGGUCAAGGACCCUCCAGGAUGUUUACCAGAAGCCCCAGUUUUCUCUACUCAUGACGUCCCUCCUGUGGUCUCUGAUGAGAAUUUGUAAAGAUUCCCAAUAAGAAAACAAUAAAAGUUUAUUAAGUGUCAUCCAGGUAAA